GUUAAUUUGGUUUCGACUUGUUUGUCUUGUGCUAAAAUAUCGAACUUGGAUCAUCAAAAAUCCUUCAAAAUGGGAGCCUAUUUAAGCAAACCUAAGACAGGAGUCACUUCCUCGGUGUUCAGCAAUGACAGUUUAAGCUGUGGGGCGUCAGCUAUGCAAGGAUGGCGAGUAUCGAUGGAGGAUGCACAUACCUGUGACUUGGACUUUGACAAGAACACAUCACUCUUUGCUGUUUUUGAUGGACAUGGAGGUUCUGAAGUAGCUUUAUAUGCUGUAAAGCAUCUGGCUGAGGUGUUGAAGGCUACGGAGGGGUACAAAACUGGUAAUGCCAAACAAGCCCUAAAAGAAGCAUUUCUAAAACUUGAUGAGGAUCUUGUCACAGAAGAGGGUCUGAAGGAACUUAAAGAAAUAGCUGGUGAAACUGGGGAAGAUAGUGGUGAUGAAAAUGAAGCAGAUAUGCUGGCAAAGGAUGCAGCAGUACCGCUGAAAGAACUUCUAGCAAAACUGAAAGGGGACAUUUAUAAGCUUGAAAAAGAUGAAAUGAAAGAUGAAGAAAGUGAUGAAGAUGAAGACGAGAAGAUGGAGAAGAAAGAGGAGUCCGCAACCAAUGGUGAGGCAAAGGACAAGGACACAAAAAUUGAAGGAGAAGAAGAAAAAGGAAUGAAUGGGAAAAAAGAAAACAAAGAAAAUGGUGAAUCCAAGAAAGAUGACAGUGACGAAGACAAAGAAAGUGAAGACGAACAAGAAAAAGAAAAAGAAGCAGUUGGUGAUGAUGAGAAAGAUGCUAACAAGCACAAUGAUGAAGAAGAUGGAAGUGAAGAUGAGGAGGAGGAGGAAGAAGAUGAUGAUGACGAUGAUGAAGAAUGUGAUGAUGAUGAUAAUGAAAAGGAUGAUGAUGACGAAACAGAAGGGAUGAUGUACACUUCUGAUGAGGUUGGCUACGACAGUGGCACCACAGCCAUCGUUGCCAUGGUGAAAGAUGAACUACUAACUGUAGCCAAUGCUGGAGAUUCGCGCUGUGUUCUGUGUAGAAAUAGCAUCGCACUCGAAAUGUCCAUAGACCAUAAGCCAGAGGAUGCAAAAGAACUUAGCAGAAUACAGAAAGCCGGUGGGAAGGUUACUGGUGAAGGGAGAGUUAAUGGUGGACUCAAUCUGUCUAGAGCCAUAGGAGAUCACAGUUAUAAAGGAAGAGCCGAACUUGCAGCAGAAGAACAACAGAUCACAGCCGUUCCAGACGUUAGACAAACACAGUUAACAGAGGACGAUGAGUUUAUGGUUAUAGCCUGCGAUGGAAUAUGGAAUGUAAUGAAUAGUCAAGAAGUAGUUGAUUUCGUUAAAGAUGAAUUGAAGAAGCAAAGAAAAGAAGGUGAAGUCAAUCUUUCGAAAGUAUGCGAACAGCUUUUCAAAGCGUGCUUGGCACCCGACACAAGUGGUGACGGGUCUGGAUGUGACAACAUGACCUGCGUAAUCGUAACAUUCGACAAACUGAAAGGCAUGAAGGCGGGAAAGCGAAAAUUAUCAGAACAGACUGAAACCACAAACCCGGACAAGAAAUCUCGAACGGACAGCGAGUAACUUUCCAGUUGCUUCCUUCUCAGGCCUUUCCUUACUUCAAAAUCUUAUACCGGUCUGGUAUCAUCUUAUAAAAAGUCUCGCAUUUCGUUUAUUUUUUCGAGCCAAUCAGCGAGACGACUUCUUUAUCCCCUUUUGAUCAAGACUCAAGCUCCAUAUUCGUUUUGCUAUGAUUGCUGUAGACGCGAACAUCUUUGGAUUCCCCUUUUCAAAACAUUGGCAAGAGAUCAUGGUUGCUAUGGAUACAUACGUGCAAUCCAGUUUAAAGAAAUGUCAUAUGGCAUGGCAAACUUAUUCGAAGCUCAUCAGCACAUUUUCAUUUUGCCUAUUCAUUUACAUCGCUCAAUCUUUCUUUUUUCUACGUUUUACACAUUUUAGUUACCAGGCUUUGCUCGGUACCAUCACGACGUGCUCCAUCCCAGUCCCUAUUGGGAAGCUUUAUUUUUGAGGUCCAAAUUGUGUCUCGUUUUGUGAAAUAGCUUGUUCUAGCAGCAAGAAGGGGUCCUUGACUCUCGUUGCAAGGACUUGGAUAUUUUUUUACGAAGACAGUCAUUCCCAUACCUCUAUCAUACCUCAUUAUAGACGAUAAGAACAUCGUUUCAAGGGCCUAUCUUAAUUGGAAAUAUCGCUUGAGCGAAGGAACACGGGAUCUGGCUUGAAAGGUGCCUCCUUUUUGGCAAGCAUAGACUUCUUGGUCGUUCCCUUUUACGUUUGUACGUUUUUAUAGAAAGGUGAAGGGGGAUCAAAUGUUACAAAAUAAACCCCUUUCAAAAUUAUGCGAGUUUAAAACGGAAAUACAAAAUAAAUCCCACUUUUUCUCGA